AAAAACAGUUUCCUUUUCUAGACUCGUCUGGGAACUCCUGCGCGCCGGGGUUUGCUGGCCGCCUCGACCUUGAUGGUCUGAUGCGAGCAGAAGUGGUAGAAGAGUCUAGCGACAGCAACUACCUUCCUGCAACUGCGGCACCGCUUACGCUCGUUCCGGGGCCGGCUGCCGCAUCGCUCACGCUCGUUCCGGGGCCGGCGGCACGAUCAUAUAUGUCAUCUGAAACUUCUAUUCGUCAAAUAUGGCCUCGUGGCUGAGCGCUUAGCGGCCCUAUCAUCUAAUCGUAAGGUUGCCGGUUCGAAUCCCGGCAGGUGCGAAAUUUUUUUUUGUACUUGUAAAAAUAAAUACGAGCACGUAUAAUUUCAAAAGUAAUAAAUAUAUUUGAAUAAUGAAUGCAAAUAAAAGUAAAUUUAUUAAUUAAAUUGUAAUUUUCAGAUAAGGACAUGAUAACUAAUGGUCAAUUAGGUUAGGUUAGCUACAUUAUAAAUACUUUAAAACUUUGUGGACGGUUGAUUUGGUUAGGAUAGUUACAUUAAAGAUACUUGGAAAUCAAACAUCCAGGGGGUAGGCGCUCCCGAUCGGCCAACUUCGGAGAGGAUCGGCAUUUGCUGCCAGUUGCAGGACGGUAGCAUUGCUGUCGCUAGACUCUUGUGAAGUGGUUGGCGGAAAGACUCGUGUGAGUGUGUCUGUGCAGGGUCGACGACUCUGUGCGGGUCGUGUGUCAUCGUCACUUCUCGGAGCUCCGCCUCCGCGAGACGGUCGACCGCGACUUCGCCGCGUGAGAAGCGCGCCGGCGCGGAUUGGUCUGUUCUCACCGCGUUCCCACCCACAACUUCUCCACGUAAGCUUUGGACACAACGAGAACAUGUUUCUGUGUGCUGUUUUUCCGCCGGUUUGCGCACACGCUGACGGGCCACAGCAACAAGGUGAUGGCCGCCAAGUUCCUGGGCGAGCCCACCAAGGUCGUCACCGGCAGCCACGAUCGCACGCUCAAGAUCUGGGACCUGCGCAGCCGCGCCUGUAUCAACACAAAGUUUGCUGGUUCCAGCUGUAAUGAUCUGGUAACAUCGGAUGACAGCGGGACCACGAUAAUUAGUGGGCAUUAUGAUAAACGUAUACGAUUUUGGGACAUUAGGAACGACUCGCAUGUCAAUGAGAUCGGACUAAUGGGUAAAGUAACAUCGCUGGACCUGUCUAGAGAUAGCAACUACUUGUUGAGCUGUGUUAGAGAUGAUACCUUAAAGUUGAUGGACCUCAGGGUGAAUAAGGUCAUUCGAGCAUUCAGUGCGGACGGCUUCAAGGUUGGCUGCGACUGGUCGAGAGCCACGUUCAGUCCAGACAGCAACUACAUCGCUUGUGGCUCCUCCGACGGGUCUGUCUUCAUCUGGAACGUCGCCAGUGGGAAGGUGGAAACAGUUUUGAAGGAGCAUAUGUCGGCCGUCACGGCCGUCUCGUGGCACCCCUACAGCUCGACCUUGGUGAGCGUGGACAAGGCGAAGAAGGUUGUGGUGUGGGGUGACGUCUGACAGGGGGCGGGGUCCCCCUGCCGCGGAGGCAGUUAGCACAUCUCGAGCUUCCCCAGCCAGCACGCUCCGCUCGGUUCCGUGCAAAUAUUUCAAUUACGAGGGGCGUUGAAGCGGGGGUUCGGUGAUAUAUUUAUUACGGACUGCGUCAACGGAUGUGACGUGUGAUUUACCGAGAGUCUGCGUUUUUUAUAUUAUAACAUUUUGUAUAUUUUAAUUGAAUAGCAAACUAAUUUUUACAAGUACUUUGAAUAUUACUAAGGAAAGUUUUAUGUUUACGAGAUGUGUGAUUUCCUAAGAAUGCAGAUAGUGAACUAAAUAUACCUUUUAUAGUGAUAGAACAGCUUCAGAUAGUAAAAAAAAAAAAUUAAAACAUUGGCAGACUAUAAAAAGAUCACAUUAUAACUAGAGUCCCGGAAAUUUCACGGAUUCCUCUGGCCUCAGGAUAGAAUUCAAAGUUAUAGGUGUGAUCAACCCAUGUUUACUUUCCCAUUGGUUGAUUUCUUAGCGAGACAUUUUUAUCCUUGUUAUUUGGCACUACCUGAUUCGCUUACUUCUCUCCUAGCUGGGCAUCAUUGGCUCACGGUCGUAGAGGGGCGUGUCCAGAUAACUGCGGUCCAAUCAUGAACACAGUGCGACAGUGUGGAGGUUUGCAUUCUAGCUUGUGACUAAAUGAAUGUGCGAAAAUUCCGUGGCUCUAAUUAUAACUCAGCAGGUAAAUUACUACAAUAUCAGAACUAUUAUUUACACCAUUCAUAUUUCGUACCAGAUGUAAAUAUUUUAAUCGUGUUAUGCGAGAAACUCUCUUUGUUUUUAGUAAUCAUAGGUGUAAGAUGUUAUAAUCAAAUGCAAGGUACUGUGAAAUAAAUCAAAGUUUGUGUUUAUGUGAUUGCCAGGGCUGUGACAAUCUCACCUCGUUUGUAAUUAUGUACUAGCAAAAAGCCAAAGAAUGGCAAUAUGGGAUAUCACACAUGUAAUAUGCAGUAUGGUAGAUGUUAAUUCUAUGCACGUUAUAAGGGAUUUAAUUGAUGUGCUACUUAAGGGGCGGGAUAGGAACUGAAAGAUGCCAUCUUAGUUUCAAAAGUUUUCAGGGCGUUACAACUUUUUCAUUUCAUUUUAAAAAUUGGACUCUGGUAAAGCAUAGUACUAUAUCAUUUAAUGGAAAGCCUGAAGUCAAUAGUCACUGUAAAUAGUUCCCCCUGUGAAGUCGUCAGCAUUUGGUGUUGCAUUCAUUUUUGUGAAUGACUGUAGCUGUAAUGUAGUCAAUAGUCACUAUGGAAUUUGUAAAUCUUGUAAUGUAUGAUCUCUGUGCUAACAAAGGCCAAUUUUAAUUAUUUAACUUUUAAUAAAAUAAUUAUGACAUAAGAGUGGUAAUCACCAAUAUGGCAUCUUACAGUUUUACCCUCUCCCUCUUAAGGUACUGUUAGUUCAGAUCAACGAUACAGUUUGAGGUCGGUUAGCACAGUCAGGUAAGGAAAGUCUGAGCAGAAAAUAUCUUUUAAUUUUAUCAGAUAGCUUAAUACUAUUCUUUGUCUCGAGUCAUGUUAAGGGCAUAUUGUAUAUGGAAUGCCAGCUUUAGUCUUGCUUAAAAAUUUAUUUUUCCCUGUUAGGAAGAUAAAAAUUAUUUCUUAAAACUUGAUGGCAGUGGCAUAGUUGAAUUACAUUUGGAGGUUUAUUGGCCAAUCUUCAUUGUGUACGAGUACCAUAGAUAUGUCUUAUGUCCACAUAAACUGAGAAAAUUAAUUAUUUCCUGGAAACAUAAUAAACAUUUCAAACUAUCGGCAAAGACGAUAAAUAUUUUACUUUAUUUACAACCAAAAUAAAAAAAAUAAUUAAGUAUCUUCAAUUUUUUUUUUUUCUUCUUUGGUGAUUGGGUUUUGAGAUAAUAUUUAUGUUUUCAGAUGAGAAUUUCCUUUCUUGACUUUGUUGCCAUUUAUUUUAUGUCUGUAUUCUGUAUUUGGAAUGGAGCAAAGGCUGUACAUAAACAAUGUAUUGGAGUGGGAGAAAUCACAUAUUAUCAUUUUGUUUAAUGUGUGUGGUGAUGCGAUGAUUAAUGAACGUUGUGGGUGUACAUCAAUAUCAACUUGUUGCUUUGAAACCUUAUGGCCAUGUAGUAAAAGCUAAUAUGUAUGACUUUUUGUUUGAAAAUUGUUUGUGAUAAAAUCAUAGAAAUGGCAACUGAAUUCAUGCUCUCUGAGGAACUUUCAGUUUCCUCAUAUUCAUAUACAACUCUUGUGUUGGUUUCUAUUAUUGCUUAUAAAGCUAAUAUUGGUUUAAUUUAACUUUUUUUUUCUGUGUGAUAUUUUCUUAAUAGUUGUGAAAGUAUAUUUUACUCACUUAAAUAUCAUCCCAUUCAGAAGCUUAUAAAUAUUUCUCUGAAAAAUUAAAUGUUUCAUGUUAUUUGUGCUGUCUUUCUUAUGCCAUGUUCAAAUUGGUCGAUUUGUAAUUGUAAUUCGUGUUUUGUUAGGUUUCCAUUUCAUACUCACAACACUUGGAUGCGGUUGAAAUUAAACAUUUAAAAUAUAAAUAGGUACCGUGAUAAAAUCUUGUGCCAGUUUUCUUUCAAAUUUCUGUGAAAUGCCUCGGACGUAUCUACUUAAAAAUUUUAAUUUUCUCUACUAUUUUUAUGCUAAAUAUUACAGCUUAAUUCUAAUUAUUAUAGUGUUUAUUUUUAUUGGUACUCAUGAUUUUUAAGUUCAAAAUAAGAAAAUGCACAUUUUUAUUCUAAAAUUUAAAAUAAAUGUGACAAAUUCAAAUUUUUUGUUUUGUAAUUUUCACUAGAUACAAAGUCAUAAUUUUUGAACUACAUAAUUUUUUUUAAAAAUAAAAUAAGAUUUUGUGACCAUCAUUUUCAAAAUCUGCCAUUUCGAACAUGGCCUUAACUUUACUAAAAAUUGUUUUGUGUUUGGAAUAACAUCUGCUGCCUGGUUUGUUCUCUCUAGCAGUUUAUUUUGUUGGUUUCAUGUGAGUUAUGUAAUUUUAAGUCUUGCUUACGUAUGAACUAGUAUGAAGUGCACUAAAAUCAAAAUGCGGAGAUAGUUUUUACCGAGUUUAUAUUGACAGACUGCCACUCAUUUUAGAACACUAUUCUCUGAACAUAGUAAAAUCCCAGAAAAGACGUAAAACCUUAGUAAAUUCUGAAAAUGAAACUACACUUUGUUCUAGGUGACACUUGAUAGGCCGAAGCACUACAGAAACUAGUGAUGCUAGACUGAAAGUCUUUAAUGUUUGUGCCUUUAUAAUAUUGUUUCACAAGACAGGUUUUUUUUUUUUGCAGAAAAUGCCAAUGCCUUGAAUUUUUGGAGUUUUGUAACAUUUUUAAUUGAAAAUAAAAUAGUGAACAUUUGUUUUUGUAGCUGUGCCUUGAUUGAGGGUGGUCUCUCGCUUUGAUACAAAGGCACUGUCUGGCACACAAUAUUACAUUGUAAAUUUUUCAGAAAAUUUACUCUUUGCAAGAGUAACUUAUGUAUUUUAUGAACAUAAAAAGUUGUGCUUGUGGAUACCACAUCCAAGUUGAACUAUAAUUAACAUCCUACUGUAAUUAUAAUUUAGAUUUAAAAUACUCUGAAUUUAUUACAAAUUGAGAUAUAACAUAAAAAUUUAUUUAAAGCAUAAAAUUCAGAAAAAAAUCUUUCUUUUUAUGUCCAGUAAAUUGUAUUUUGUAACUUUCUAAUAAUGCACCCAAAUUAAGAGUAGUUGGAAAUUCAGUACAAGGCAUUAGUCUGGUGAUUACAUUUAAUGCAUCUUAAUAUAAUGUAGGUAGCAAGUUGGGAAGUUGCUUCAUUUUAAACAGUGCAGUCAAUAGUGCUCACAUUUGCAUACAGUAAAUGAGAAUGUAACUUGCUGAUACUUGGUAAAAUAAAGCUUUGAUUAUUAUUUGAUGUGACCAACAACAUAACAAUAUUUGAAAAAAAUUACAGUUGCAUUUUUCUUGGGAUGUAUGAGCAAUCUAUUUUCUUUUUUCAUACUUAGUAUUUGUAUAUUAUUUCCACUAUGCUUUAAAAAAAAAAAAAUCUAUUAAUGAAAAUUAAAGAAAAACAAUAUUUUAAUUUAGAAUGCUGACUUGUGUGCAGUGAGUUAUUCAAAAUAGUUAUUAUGACUGAUAUUAAUUGAAAUAACUUACAGUCCAGAUUGAUUCUAUUUUAUGCACGCGUCUUACCUAUGUAAAUACAAAUAUUUUUUUUUUUAAUUGCUCACAGUAGGUUUAAAGCUGUAAAUUAAUUUAAUUUGUCCAGAAAAUAAACUGUAAUGUUUUAACACUUUGUCAGUCAGUGUAUGCAAAAGUUUAUAUUUUAGGUUGGUAUUUUAAACAUUAAAUUGAUUUAUGGAUAAUGUGAAAGUAUAUGUAUAGCAAUUUGUUCUGCAAAUUUUCUUACUAAACCAAUAUACUGAGAAUAGUGUUCUCUCUCCCUCUCCCCCCCCCCCCCCCCCAAAAAAAAAUCAUUAAAAUCAUAAAUGGAGAUUUGAUUGAAACACACUUAUUCUGAAUAUGAUUUUAAGUGAUUGAAAUUUAUUAAAUGUGUGAACAACAAUCUUGCAUUUGAAAUGCUGCAUUUUUAGUUUUUUUUUUUUUUUUUAACAUUUUUUUAACAUUUUUUAAGCAUAUUAUAAACUGUGUGUGUGGUUUACUGCACAAAUUUUGGUGAUUUAUGAAUGGAAAAUAUGCAAACACAAUGUUUAGUAAUCCACUUAAAGAUAUGAUGAAAUAAUUAACUAUUUACAAUCAUUUUUUUUUUCCAACGUGACUCAACCAUGUGCAUCAAUAAUAUUUUUUGUAUAAAGAAAUGUAUGAUUAAAAAGCAUAGUGUAUGGUUAGAAUAAUUUUCAUUUGUGAUAUUAUUAUUCACAUUGAAGUUCAAGUGGGUACUAAAAUAUUAUUUGCUGCAAUAUAUUGUAUGUGUUGUACGAAAAUACUCAUGGGCUGUUGUUUUCACAUAGUAUGUGUGGAGAACAUUUUUUUUUUUUUUUUUUUUGCUUUUUAAGAUUUAAUUUUUUCUGUGUAUAACCACAGCAACAUGUUAGAUUUGCAAUAUUGUUGAAUAUUAAAAAUAUUACUUUUAUAAAGGAAGUGUUUUUUUAUUAUUUUUGCACCUUUAAUUGUAAAUUUGCCAUUACCAGUUUAAUAUUUAAUUACAAUCCAAAACAAACCACAGUUCAGUACUUGCAAACCCUAUUAAAAGUCAUUCAUACUGUAACAUUGCAGAAUUUCAGCCCCCUACCACCAGCAACACUUUGACUAAGAAUUUUUUUUUUUUUUAUAUUUCAUAAUUAUUUUGUACUCAUGUUUCAUUUAGUAUGCAAAGGCAUUUAAAGUAUUUUGUUUGUGUUAUAAUAGUGAUUAUUAUUAAUUUGGGUUAUGUUUUAUAUAAAGCUGAAUGUAGUGUUUUUUAUUAUUUGUUUACGUUAUCACUUAAUAUUAACAUGUGUAUUAUGUUUUGUCAAAAUUUUUAAGGCAUAUUCUGGGUAGUAAGACUGUAAAAUUCUAGAAGGUUUCAAAAGAAAAGAACACACAGGCAAAGAAAACACGGCAAGUUAUUUUUCACGCCUCAAGUUAGUGCGUUGUUGGAAAACCCCAGCACGUGGACGCAUGACUGCGCAGCAAUAGACUGGAAUUUUCGCUGGGCGCUGCCUCGCCAGCCAAUCGGAGCGAACCUUGAGGUGGUGUGAUGUGUCUUCCCAGACUUUUGGAGGGAAACAUUUUUUCAGUAUUUUUUCCCUAAAUGGACAGGUUCUGGAUUCUGUGUUGUGAUUGGUCGGUUGGCCCACGUGGUUGCCUCCCUUUGUUUCUAGCUUUUUAAAAGUAAGGUAACUGCGCGGUGUAAGUUAGUUGUUUCUACGUGUGGCCGUGUCGUCGGCAGCUCUCUCUAGAAAAAAUGAAAUAAAUCUCAGAAUAAAUCAUUUCACACCUGCUGGUCGGGGCCACACCAAAAAGCAAAUUUUUUUUUUUUUUAUAUAUUGUUUGGACAUUUUACUGGAAGUCUGUCUUCAGUUUUUUUAAUUUAAAUUGUUUACUAUUGAGUAUAAUUCAGCAGUGGCUCCAGGAAGCUUUUUCAGGAGGAGUUAUCGUACAAAUGAAGGAUGCAGUUGUGAAAUAAAAACAUGACAUUAAAUAAGUCAAGAGAUUGGCCGUAGAAUAUUUACAAAUUCAUGUUCACAACCUUAAAAGUUUUGUUAAAAGAAAAGUUCGACACAUGAAUUUAAGUAUUAGAGUAAACACAUAUCUAUCGCCCCCACCGACCUGGAUUCGCACCUGUUUUAACAGGAACAUCUGCCAAAAAAAAAAAAUUGUGUUUAGUUCUAGUUUUUAUACUCAUAUUUCGGAAUU